GGUUUUCCACUCGGAGCGAAUUAAUUGAAGGGCUGGGAAGUUAAUUUAAGGACACUCCCUGUCUCACCUGCUUAUAUAACUGUUUAAAGUAUAAUUUAUUAUAGAAGAAAGAAUAAGAAGGAAAGUUUUCUUCUGUAUAAGUGAAUGUUAUUUAAACACUGCUGUGGAUUGUGGAGUAACGAGAGGCGGACGGACAGUUGCGGCCUGACAUUCCGCUGGGGCCAUGGCGCUCGCGUUGAGGCUGCUGGCCGGGAGGCCGCGCGUCUUCACCCGCACCCGGGCACCGUGGCGCGGACUCUGGCCGGGACAGCAGGCCUGCUGGCGGUUUAUUAGACCCUGCAUUGGGAGAAGUUCUGGAUAUCAAGAAAAAAUGUUGACCUGUGGAUUGUUCUGUUCAAAACAGCCAAAAGGUUUUGAGAAGUAUUUCCCCAAAAGUAAACAGUCAGCAGAACCAAAAGCCAGUGACAUUAAAGCAAAGUCAAAGGAGUCUGGAGGAAGUACUGGAGGUGGGCCAGGAGGCAGUAGUAAGAAAAGUGGGAAAAAAGAGCAAUCCACCUGGUGGAACCGGAUACAGAAGGGAGAUCUACCAUGGGAUGACAAGGAAUUCCGCUAUUUAGCUGUGGGGAUAGCUGGACUUUUCUCUGGAUUCAUGUAUUUUUACUACCGAGACCCAGGCAGGGAAAUAACUUGGAAAGAUUUUGUAAACUACUACCUGGCACGAGGUGUGGUUGAUCGCCUAGAAGUUGUCAACAAGCAGUUUGUGCGAGUGAUUUUCAACCCAGGAACCAAAAGUGAUGCUAGCUAUGUAUGGUUUAACAUCGGAAGUGUGGAUACAUUUGAGCGCAAUUUGGAAACUGUGCAACAGGAGAUAGGAAUAGAACCAGCAAAUCGUGUUGCUGUGGUGUAUAACACAGAAAGUGAUGGUUCAUUCAUGUUAAGUAUGUUCCCCACACUGUUGCUGAUUGGUUUUUUGCUCUAUACACUGCGGCGAGGAUCUAUGGCAGCUGGUCGUGGGGGACGAAGUGGCGGACUCUUUAGUGUGGGGGAGACAACAGCAAAAAUGCUGAAAGAUGAGAUUGAUAUCAAAUUCAAAGACGUUGCAGGAUGUGAAGAAGCUAAAUUGGAAAUAAUGGAGUUUGUCAACUUUCUGAAAAACCCUAAACAGUAUCAAGAUUUGGGGGCCAAGAUCCCAAAGGGUGCUAUCUUGUCUGGACCACCAGGAACUGGGAAAACACUAUUGGCAAAAGCAACUGCUGGAGAAGCAAAUGUUCCUUUUAUAACUGUGAAUGGUUCUGAAUUCCUAGAGAUGUUUGUUGGUGUUGGACCUGCCAGGGUGAGGGACAUGUUUGCAAUGGCACGGAAGAAUGCUCCCUGUAUUCUCUUCAUUGAUGAGAUUGAUGCUGUCGGAAGGAAGCGAGGAAGGGGAAAUUUUGGUGGACAGAGCGAACAGGAGAACACCUUAAAUCAAUUGCUGGUUGAGAUGGAUGGAUUUAAUACGAGCACCAAUGUUGUUGUACUGGCAGGAACUAAUCGACCUGAUAUACUUGACCCAGCAUUGAUGAGACCUGGGCGAUUUGAUAGACAAAUUUAUAUUGGUCCUCCUGAUAUUAAAGGACGAGCAUCCAUUUUCAAGGUGCACCUGAGUCCAUUGAAAAUGAAUCCUGGUAUCAGUAAAGAUUCAUUGGCACGUAAACUCGCUGCACUCACUCCAGGCUUCACUGGAGCUGAUAUUGCCAAUGUAUGUAAUGAAGCUGCUCUGAUUGCUGCUCGAUAUUUAAAUGAAUCGAUCCAUGUGAAGCACUUUGAGCAGGCAAUAGAACGUGUGAUUGGAGGAUUAGAGAAAAAAACACAGGUUUUGCAACCAGGUGAAAAAAGGACUGUUGCGUAUCAUGAAGCUGGACAUGCUGUUGUUGGCUGGUUCCUGGAACACGCAGACCCCCUGCUUAAGGUUUCUAUUAUACCUCGUGGGAAAGGCCUUGGCUAUGCACAGUACUUGCCUAAAGAACAGUAUCUUUACACAAAAGAGCAACUUUUUGAUCGCAUGUGCAUGAUGCUUGGUGGCCGAGUCUCUGAACAGAUAUUUUUUGGUCGCAUCACAACGGGUGCUCAGGAUGAUCUGAAAAAAAUCACACAGAGUGCUUAUGCCCAGAUUGUUCAGUUUGGUAUGAGUGAGAAACUUGGACAAGUGUCCUUUGACCUUCCACGUCAGGGUGAUAUGAUAGUUGAAAAGCCAUACAGUGAGACCACAGCACAAAUUAUCGACGAAGAAGUUCGGGCUCUUAUUGGCACAGCAAGCCAGAGAACUUUCGCAUUAUUGAACGAAAAGCGAUUGGAAGUUGAAAAAGUGGCUGAACGGUUGUUACAAAAGGAAGUACUUGAUAAAACUGACAUGAUUGAUCUUUUGGGACCACGGCCAUUUACGGAACAGUCCACAUAUGAAGAGUUUGUAGAAGGAACUGGCAGCUUUGAAGAAGACACCACUCUACCGGAAGGUCUAAAGGAUUGGAACCAGGAGAGGGAGGAGAGUAAAGAGGAACUGCCACAGAAACAGCUAGCAUGAAAUAUCUCGAGCAGCUUUCUGCCUUUGACAGAGAGCUUCAUGCUAUCCAAACCGAAGAGUCUGCUUCGCUAAUACAAGGUGAAAAUGAAUGCACUGUGGUUUGGAGCAAUUCAUAUUUAAGACGGUACAUGGUGACUAAGGCAAUAUGAAGCAACUCCAUCUUGUAUUGAUCCAGGUGACAUGUUGAUUUAUGACUCAGUUAGAGAAGCAUUCUGCUGAGCCUGCUGAACUCCUGGAACUCAGCUGAAACUAAUCAAGGCAUUUCUCUCUGUCUGGAAGGAAUAUUGUGUGUAUCAAUUGGAACAUGAAAGACCAGAAUGAAUAUAAAGGAGAAUUGGGGGAUAAAAGUACUUUAGCAAAUUUCAAUGAUACUUGCACAAGUUUCAAAAAGAUUUGAAAUUUGUGCAAAUGUGUGAAUGUUCAUCUGUGAGCAAACACUAUCUUCCCUUAUACUUUUCAGUUUUUUUUGGCUUCUUGUUCUCUUAAUUAUUUUCACAAAUACAAAACAAAUGUAAUAACAUGAAACUUUAAGCUGCUUGGGGCUCAUUUUCUUUUUAAUAAUAUGCCCAGUCCUCAACUACUGUACAGUACGUUGGAAAGAAUUCGCGACCAGUACAGUAUUUAUAAUUGUUUUUCAAUUGCAUUUCAAACCAACAGCUCCUAUGGUAGGCAGCAACCUAAGCAAAUGCAUCUGAGCAUUCAAUAGGAAUGUGUGUUACAUUGUUAAUUUUUUCAAACUGACCAUGUUUCAGUGACAGUCAAUCUCUUGUCACAAUGGUUAGUAUCUUUCUUAGACAGGUACUCUUGGUAUAUUGUUGCUGGUUGUUCAGAAAGUGAUCUGUGUGACAUGUUUAAGAAUAUGUACAUGAUGUCCAGUAUUUAAAUUUAUAGUACUGUAAUCCAGGGUGAAACAAUGAGGUCUCUUCGUGACAUGAACUGGAUAAAUUGCCAUAGUAUACUACUGAUUUCUUUUCAAAAGAUACAUUUCUGAACAGGGCCAUUUAUGGCUCAUUGAUUCUUUAUUUCACUAGCAGCAAAUGAAUAUGCAAAAUAAUUUUCCCUUCUCAGUGUAUCUAAAAAAAAGAACAAUAAUAUCCUUUUGCGGAUGCCCAAACUUUGGUGUCACAUUUCCAUCUAUGCAAUUUCUACUACAAAUGUUGACUUUUUACAUUUUAUUUUUGCAACUGCUGGGCCCAGGUCUACGACUUACAUUCUCUCAUCCAUUUUUAACUGUAUAGUUCAGAUGAUUAUGUGUGCCUCCACAAUGAGUUGGUGUAUGCAAUUGACUUGCUAUCCACGUCAAUACAAGUGACUAGUAUUAAUUGUUUCUUUGAAACAUUAGUUGAAUAAGGACUUUCAUUUCCCAAGGAGAAUGGGACCAUUUUGGCUAAUGGGAUCAGACAGUCAUUUGUUAUAAGUUUCACAAGCCAGCUCAUCCAGCAUCUGUGGAUAUUUUCAGUACCUGCAAUAUGUUGCCUUUUUAAACCUGUGUACCUGCUUUUAUUUUGAAGUACAAAUUUUGGUCUGAACUGCUCCCAAAAUUCUUUCCAGAAAGAGCAAAAGGUCAAAAAAACCUAACCAGAGAUUAUUAUUCUUAUAGACUUGGCAAAGUUCUGAUAUAGGAUCUGUUUGAAUUUGAUAUAAAGUACUAAUGAGGUGUUAAGUAUUUAUGGUUCUAUUUUUGCCCCUUGUGUAGUUGAUUUUAUUUUUUAUAUCUGUGAUUCUAAAAUUGAUCAUUUCUUCGAAUCUGUAGUAUAUCUUGUUCAUCUCAUAGAUUAAACCUUGACUUCUAUUGUUUUCUUUGAGCUUUUUUUCUCUAUUAAAGUCAGGUAUGGUUACUAACCUUGCAGUGAUGAUAUUUAUUAAUCCUUAAAGUUUUCUAUUCUCCAACUAUAUCAAACCUUUUGAAGAGGCUCAUAAUAUUAUCCUAAGUAUCACAAGUUUCACUGCUGGCAGCUGUGUUAACCUUAACUGAGACAUUCAAUGUGCAUUAAUUGAAUUGUUUGAGGACACUAUUUGCCACAGAUGUGGAAUAAUUAAUAAUAAUACAUCUUUCGACAGCAUUUUUGUUUUAGUUUAUAAUGGAAUGGCUUCAAUAAUAUGUGCAGAAAAUUGGUGCAUAUUCAUUUUUAACAAACAAACAAUAAACUGGAAUAUCUCUUCAAUAGAAAUAAAAACAGAAAUGCUGGAAAUGCUCAGCAGGUCAAGCAGAGAGAAACAGUUAACAGUUCAAUUACUAAUCUGCAAUGGACAAUCCUUCAUCUGCUAAGACUGUGAGCAGUAAAUAUGAUGCUUAUAUUGGCAUCCCCACUAGUGGGAUUGUAAAGUGUUGCAGUGCAAGGCGCAGUAAUUUAUUAGCUUUCAUAAUUGUUCACUGAUGAGUCCACUCACUAUUCAUUUAUUAAACUUUUUUUUAGUUAUUUCUGUCACGAAGCAGUUCUUUACUCGGUAGAUUACAGUUCCAGGUAUUCCUGAGCAAGAGGUGACCUUCAGUACCUUGCCUAGUAGCUGCUACUUAUCAAUGGAUUUUUUAUAUCUAUGUUUGAGCUGUAGCAAUAUACAUAUGUCUUUAAGCUAUUUUCGAAGGACCUAUCACAGCUAACCUAGAUAAACGUGCAUAUUUUCCAUUUGAAGUCAUGCGAUGCUUAUUUAGCAGAAGCCUUGAUCUUUUCCCUAAUCCAUGGUAAAAACCCUGAGAAAAAUUAGAAGACCUCUGCCUCCAUCGUGCUGAGAUUAGCUCAUUCACAUUCCAGGGUUCAAACAUUGCCUUGCCUGUGGAGGUCAGCUGCUCAGCUGUUAAAUCUUGUUUAAAGCUAUUAUUGGAGACGUGAUGCAAAGUGAUUAUUAGUAUUGUUUUUAUUUUGAAUUAAUUGGG